AGAAAAUUUCCGGCCCGACGAGAAGUUCGAUCUAGUAAAAAUUAUUAUAAAUCAGAAAUGGACGUUGAAGGAAAAUUGCGUAAGAGAAAAUUGUUGCAAGAUUUUGACUUGAAAGUGAACAAUUUGUUUGAUAAAUUGUUGACUGAUGUGCAGGAUGAAGAAUUAGCGAAAGUUCUCAAAAAACAUAAGCAUAGCCUAGUUAACCAGCCAGAGGUAGCUGUCAUGUUAUGCACCUGUUGUGCUACUUCAUCAGCUUCAACUGCUGCAGCUAAAGAGGAGCCAGUGAAGCGACAACAAAAACAACAGUCAAAUAAAAAAGCUAAAAAGGCUAAAAUUGAAACUGCUACUACUGCUGCUGUUGCUGUUACUACUAAUAAUGAUGAUGAUAGCAGUAGCAGCAGUGAUGAUGAUGAUGACGUUCCAAUUCCAUCUCAAGUUCUCACACCAGCAAUUGUAAAAAAUAAUAAAAAUCUAGCUACAGCUCCUGCUGCUACUACAGCUGCUACCAGUGGCAAAAAUGAUGAUGAUUCAAGUGACGACUCGAGUGAUGAUGACAACACAACAAAGCCACCAACAGCAAUCACUAAACUGCAACCUGAUCCAAAGUCCACAGCUACUACUACGGCUGCUUCUACUACAGCUGCAGCCAACAAAAACAGCACUUCUAGCAGUGAUGAUGACUCAAGUGAUGAUGAUGUUGCUGACACUAAAAAGGCCCCAAAUGCAUCGCAAUCAAAAGUGCAAGAAAAAGCAUCAUUCAAUGCUGUACCUCCACCACCAUCUACAACAGCAUCAAAAAAGCCAAAAGCCGAAAAGACGACUGUUGUUUUAAAAAAAUUGAAACCAUCUGCAACAAAACAGCCAGUUGUGAUUGCCAACCCAGCAGGCAAGAGCAGUACUUUAAAAGUCACACCAACUAAGCAAGCAAUUGCCAACUCAUCAUCAGAUGAUAGCAGUAGCGAUGAUGAUGAGAGAGGAAAACCAACAGCCAUCAAAUCCAUCAAUGUCCUAAUGCCAUCUACCUUGAAAAAAAAUUCAGUAGAAAAACAAGCACCACCUUCAGUGACGUUGAACCCUAAAAGUAAAAUAGCGCCAGUUCAGGAUUCGUCAUCUGAUGACAGCAGCGAUGACGAACGCGGCAACAACGCCAAUGUCAAGGCCAAAUUGAGUGCUGUCAACAAGGUGGCCAACAUCCAACCAAAGACCCAACCUGCUUUGAGUUCUCUAAAUAAGAGAGCAGCACCAUCAUCAUCUUCAUCGUCAGAUAGUGAUGUCGAUGUUGCCAAUGUUAGUGUCAAGAAUUCAGCAGCUGCCACGGUUGCUGCUGCCGCUGCUGCCAACCAAUCAAAUUCAGUCAAAAAAAUGCAAGAUGAUGAUAGUAGUAGUAGUAGCAGUAGCGAUGAUGAUAUCGUUAAAGGUGGCAAUGUUAGUAAAAUAGAAACAACUGUUAAUAAAUCUACAGCGAAAAUGCCACAAUCUAAACAGGAGUCGGAUUCCAGCUCAGAUAGUGACGAAGAGGAUGAUAAAACAUCUCCGAAUACUCCACAGCCUGCCACAAAGCCUAAAAAAGUAAUUGAAAUUAAGAAGAGCAGUUUAGACAAGAUCAAGGUAAACCCCACCGGUCAGGCAGUUAGUGCUUCUGCCAACAAGUCGGUCACUGGGGGUGGUGAUAGCAGCAGUAGUGAUGAUGAUAGUGAUGAUGAGGUGAAUAAAUCUAUGAAAACAUCUACUCCAGCCAUUAAUGUUAGUGCAUCGGGAGAUGGAAAGAAGAAGAAGGAAAAGAAAUCACAAAACAGCCCGUUCAAAAGGGUUGAUGCAUCCAAAAUAAUACUGGACGAGAGAAUGAAAGAUAAUUCAUUUGAAGCUAAGCCUGGGGCCAAGGGAUCAUGGGGUGAAAAAGCCAACGAGGACCUAAAAACGACGAAAGGAAAAUCCUUUAGGCAUGAAAAGACCAAAAAGAAGAGAGGCAGUUACAAAGGGGGAGCUAUUGAUACCAGCAUUAACUCCAUUAAAUUUGAUGAUUAGUGAAUAGUGAAUUGAUUAAUUAAUGACUGAUUGAUUGUAUCAUCGAUGGGUGAUAAUAGAUUGUAUGCAUGUUCUAAGAUAUGUUUAAAAAUAAAUUAAUAAAUUGUCUCUGUAUUAUCGUUAUUUUAAUGGCCCGUUUCAAUUUAAAAUUAGUGUUAAAUUAACGUUAUGUUAUGCUGAAUUUUUUAAAAUCGUACGCGGGUGUGUGUUUGCACAUUUCGAUAGCUAUUUGACUGAAUAAGUGAUUGAUUGAUCGAUUGAUUGAACACUUAAUUUAGUGUUUCCUUCUACGAUUGUCAUGUUUAAAUACAGAAUAAUUUACGUU